AUGAAGCUUUCAAUCGGCUCACGCUCAACCCGAGCAUCUCUCCAAACACCUCUCUACGAUUUUCUUGCACCAAGUCUCAUCAUUACACCUCGAACGAGGAAGCAUUUCUCAACUACCCCUCGAACACUAUCCGCAACUACUCACAAUGAAUCUUCCAAACCCCCUCUGUCGCAACCGCAUCGAACGCCUAAGGCCGGACCUGAAGCGGCUACAAAUACGGCACCACCUUCAAAGCCAUUGACGCAGGCGCAACGGGACUUUCUAACUAGCGCACUCCGCGUCAACCAAGCCGGCGAACUCGCCGCAACCCUAAUCUACACGGCGCAAACCCCCCCAAUAGUAGCCUCCCACCCGCAUCUCCGGCCUCUAAUGGCGCACAUGUACGAGCAAGAAGCAGGACACUUUAAGACCUUCAACGGGCUGCUGGCCAAACACCGUAUUCGUCCGACAGCAAUGUAUCCUCUCUGGAGCGUGGCCGCGACAGCCUUGGGGUGGGGAACCGCAAUAAUGGGACGAGAAGCAGCGAUGGCGUGUACCGAGGCCGUAGAGACGGAGAUAGGCGGCCAUUAUAAUGGGCAAGUGCGAGUGCUGUUGGAUAUGAUUGAUAGUAUGGAGAGUAAAGGGCAGGAAGUAGGUGAGGAUUUGCGGGAGUUGGUGGAUAGUAUAAGAAAGAUUAGAGAUGAGGAGUUGGAGCAUUUGGAUCAUGCGGUGGAGAAUGAUGCGCAGAAAGCUGUACCUCAUGAGCUACUCACAGGAGUUAUAAGAGCUGGAUGUCGUGGAGCGAUUUGGGUAAGUGAGCGUGUAUAA